CAGCCGCCGCAUGGGGCGCCAGGCCAGGAGCAGCUCCGGCCAGCCGCGCGCACGCCAGCCACGCCAGUGCUCCGGUCCGCUCCGCUUCGCUCCGCUCCGCUCGGCUCCGCACGCGCCCCACCCCUCAUGGACGCCGCGGGCAGCGACGAGGGCGUGGCAGCCUUUUUCCGCGGCAAGGAGGUGCUCAUCACCGGCGCCACCGGAUUCCUCGGGAAAUGCAUCGUGGAGAGGCUGCUGCGCUCUUGCCCUGAGGUCGGGACCAUCCACUUGCUGCUGCGCCCCAAGAAAGGCCAGGAUGCGCUGGCGCGGCGCGUGGUGGCGGUGCGCGGCGACGUGACCAUGCACGAGCUGGGGCUGUCGGCGGGCGAGCGCCAGCGCCUGGGCGAGGGCGUGCGCGUGCUGCUGCACUGCGCCGCCAACGUGCGCUUCGACAUGCCGCUGCGCACCGCGCUCUCCUGCAACCUGCAGGGCACGCAGCGCGUGCUGCGCCUCGCCGAGCAGCUGCCGCACCUGCAGGCUUUCGUUCAUGUCUCCACUGCCUAUUGCCACUGCGACAGACCUGAAGUGCUGGAAAAGUUGUAUCCUCCCCGAGCUGAUCCAGAGAAAACACUGAGACUUCUGGACUGGAUGAGUGAUGACAUGCUUGAAGCACUUGCUCCUAAAUUUCUUGGAGACUUACCCAACACUUACGCCCUUUCCAAAAAUCUGACUGAAGGCCUGAUUGCUAAGUAUGCUGGAAAGUUCCCCAUAGGCAUUGCUCGGCCCUCCAUUGUAACCUCAGUAUGGAAAGAACCACUUCCAGGUUGGGUGGAUAAUAUCAAUGGCCCUACAGGAUUGUUAAUGGGUGCUGGAAAAGGAGUCAUACGCUCAAUGUUAUGCAAAGGCAAUUAUCAUGCUGAUGUAGUUCCUGUUGACAUGGCUGCCAAUGCAGUUCUAAUGUUGGCAUGGAGACUUGGAAAAGAAAGACCUUCAGAAAUCGAUGUGGUAAACCUCACAACAUGGAAAGAUAAUUUAGUGACAUGGACAGAAGUCAUUGAGAAAGGUCGUCGACAUUUAUAUGCAAAUCCUCUUUCUGGCGCAAUAUGGUAUCCAGAUGGAAGUAUAAAAAGCUCUUGGCUAGUGCAUACACUCUGUGUGAUUUUUUUCCAUUUCUUGCCUGCUUACUUGAUAGAUCUUCUAUUAUUGGUGUGUGGACACAAGCCCUUUAUGGUGCGAGUCCAGAAACGCAUUCAGGGGGGUCUGGAAGCUUUACAAUAUUAUACUCUGAAAGAAUGGCAUUUUCCCAACACUCGAAUGCAUGAAUUACAUAAACAGAUACCACCAAAUGAACAAGACAUAUUUUAUUGGGGAGUAGAACUUGUGGAUUUAGAUAAAUACACAUUGGACACAGUGUUAGGAACAAGACACUAUUAUCUCAAAGACAAGCCAGAGACACUACCAAAAGCAAGGAGGCAUCUUCGAAUGUUAUAUGUAUUGGAUCGAUUUGUGGCACUCUUGUUUUAUGGAUGUCUCCUCUGGUUUAUAUGGACAUGGUCCCAGCCUGUACUUUCUGGAUUGGAGACGAUGAUGGGUGCUGCAGUAAUGCGAGUUGCUCCUUCUCUGUAUGUGUCAGCAGAAGAUGACUCUGCUUUCCAAACAGACACAUGAAGAAAUUACUUAAAAAUAUUUGUGUACUAGAGCAGUUGGUGCCUUACCACGAUAUUUUAUUAUUAAUAUAGUGUUGAUCUGGUCAAACACACAAAUAACACGAGACACUUUUACUGCUCUGGUGGAAACAUGCAUUUCUACCAAAGUCACCAUAUUCAAUUUUAUACUGUUUCUAUUUGAGGCUAAUUUUAGUCUGUGAUGUAUAUAAGUGUGGUAUAUUGUGUGAUGCAGUAGAUUUUCUCUUCAUAAUUGGAAGAGAAACUUGCACUACCUGACAAUACAUUGUAUUCAUUUUUUUUCAUGUUUUAAUGAUACAUUAUUGUAGUUAAUGUACUAAUGAAUUAUGAAAGUGUUUUCUAACAUUUUAAUUCUAUAAUUAUUCAGAGAAUUUUGAAUAGAAAUUUUGAAUUUUUAGUCAUUUUAUGUACUAGAAAUGUAUUCCAAAUUUAAUUAUUGAAUUUCAUUAUUGACUCCUCUGUAAUUUGAUUGACUUGUUGCUAGUAUAAGUAUAACAUAGUAAGCAAAAGACAAAUAUAUUUCAUAAUGUAGUAAUUAGAUUAAAUAUUGACUGCCAUAAUGCAAUGAACUAAUGUAUCUAUAACACUCCAAUACAUGAGGAAUAUACUGAAUGAUCUCAAAGAAACAAACCAUACUAUUCAGUAUUUUUUUAAAUCUACAAAAAAUUAAUCUGUAAAAUAGGAGAUAUUCAGUUUCCUCAAAGAACGUAUGGUAGAAGAGGGUAAAAUCAACCAGGGUAGAGUCGUUUACUUACCAUUUUCAUAGAAUUUUACAUUUUAUUACUGUUACUGUUGACAACUUCAGUCUGUUGGCAUAGAGCCCCUGAAAAUGGCACCCUGAAAAUAAUGCAUUAAUAUGUAGGGUUGCUAAUGUACCAAAUUUGUCAUUAAUAAUGUUCACUAAUUUUUUUUUUCCCUUCAUUAAAUAGUGGACGAUUUCUUAUUCAAAUGCUAUAUAAUGAAUCAAUUAUACCCGCUAUUUAAAAACAAGAAUAUGUAAUUCAUUUAUAAGGAUAACCUUUGCCAGUCUGUCUUCUAAAAUCACUACAGUAAAAAAAUAAUUAAAUGUUUUUAUUACACUCUGUGACAAACUGUACAUUCAUUAUGAAUGAAUGUUUGUAUUUAGACUGCAAAAAUUUUGCAUGGGAAUGCUUAAUGUGCGAGGUGUAUCUUGCAUAUGUUAUAAGAGGCAAUGAAAAUGUGAAGUUUACCUUGCUAAAAAUGAUACUUCUAAAAGUUUUAAUAAAUUUUUUAAAGAAUUUUCAUGUGUGUAUUAUAACUUUAAUUUCUGAAAUACAGUUUCUAAGAAGAGAUGUGCCAUGCCCAGUUUUAUGACAGUGGUCUGAAACCAUCUUUUUCUUUUUUGUAUUAUCAAGGAAUAUUGUACAAAAGUAUUUUGUAAUUACUAGAAACUAAUUAAACCUUGAAACUUUCAAUAUUUUGAUACAGUUAACUUCAAACACAGAACUGAAGGAAAGUACCUGAUACUUAUUUAUGCAGAGAAUCAAAUCUGGGGCAAUGAUGUAGUGUCUGGGGUAGUGAAAUAUUAAUUUGAAUUGAGAUUUUUUUUCUAACAAGACUUUGUGCAAAAUACCAUCUUAUAAAUGCUGGUUUUUGUUUACAUUGUUCUUUUUUUGGAUACUAAAUAUGUGAGAACUUUCAAAUUUAAUUUUCUUUCUUUCUUAUUUAUUUGUUUUGGAGAUGAGAACGCAUAUUUGUAAAAUACAUUUUCAUAGUGCGUCUAUAUUGGAGCUUAACUGGCAAGAAUGUAGAGAAUAGGAAAGUUCAGUGAACUUCAUGUUACAAAUUUGAAAUGUGAGCAUUUUCUUCAGGUUUUCUUUGAUUGUAGGUGUUUUUUUUAUUUUUAUUUAUUUUUUAGAAAAUUAUGUCAUAUGUAAAUAAAAAAGUUUAAUGGAAAACAGGGCACCUAAAUGUAGUUGCCUCAUCUUCUUCUUAUUUGAGACUACACAUGUUUGUGAAAUUGAUUCAAAUGAUAUUAAAUAAUGCAU